UAUUAUCCCUUAUAUGGCUCCAGAGAUUUUGCAAAGACAAAAAUAUAAUAAAGCUUCAGAUAUAUAUAGUUUUGGAAUGAUUAUGUGGGAGUUUAUGACAGGUAGAAGACCUUUUUGGGAUCGAAUUCAUGAUACAGAACUUAUUAUUGAUAUUUGUGAUGGUUUACGACCACCAAUUGUCACAAAUGCGCCUGAAGGUUAUAUUAAAUUAAUGAAAAAAUGCUGGCAUUCUGAUCCAAGUAAAAGACCCACAACUUAUAAAAUGUGGGACAAACUUCGUAAUAUAUCGGGUAAUGGAAUUGAAAUUAUAGAAUCAUCAGAUAUUGGUCCUGUUCCAAAAAAUAAUCCAGGUGCCAUUUAUAAAAGUAGACCUUUAAGUGCCAUGAUUAGUUCUGCAAUGUCUUUAAAGAGUUCAAGAAGUCAAUCUAUUAAUUUAGAAAAAUUAAAAAGAAGAGUUGAAAAUGAUUUAAUUGAAGAUUAUAAUGAAUAUGGUCGAAGUAUUAAAAGAGAAAAAUUAUAUGAAAAUGAAGAUUAUCUUACAGCAGAAAUCGACUUAGAUAUUGAUGUAAAUUUUAAUAAUAAUGGAUAUAUUACUAAAGAAAUUGAUUUCGAUAUUGAUACUUUAAA